UGUGGGCGGGGAAAUGAAUGGGGCUACAGGCAUAUUUAGCUUGUCAGUACUCAGUUGCUCAGACUUGCAAAAGGGUUUUCCUUAACCUGCAAGCUGUCUGUUCCCUUUAUACAUGCUUCACUUAUUCCUGCUGCACAUAUUAUAAAAAUUUUUUUAUAUUAAAUGACCACAUAGACAAGCGAUUUCCCUACAGCAAUACAUAUCAGCGUAAAAAAGUCUUCUGGAAUUUACAAGAUUCAAGGUGGAUUUUUUUUUCACAGUGUUCAAGUGGAUUUAAAAAGCCUUGAAAUAUGAUCUCUUUAGUCCUCAUAUGGAUAUGCAUAUUAAUUGUGAACUCCUUGACUCAUCCAGCUGUAAUAACCCCACAAGACCCAACCCUAAUGAUAGGAUCAUCACUAACAGCAGCUUGCUUAGUGGACUCUGACUUAAACCUGAAAGCAGAGGACCUGUUCUGGACCCUUAAUGGGAGAAGGCUCCCAGCAGAGCUGUAUAAGAUGCUGAACGGCACAGCCUUGAGUGUGGUCCUGAAUAACCUGAAUGGAUCCAAGCAGCAGUCAGGAGAUAACCUGGUGUGUCACAGCAAAGACGGGAGAAUCCUGGCGGGCUCGUGUCUAUAUGUUGGAUUGCCACCGGAAAAACCAACCAAUAUUACAUGCUGGUCAAAGAACAUGAAAGAUUUAACCUGCAAGUGGGUUCCUGGAAGCGAAGGAGAAACCUACCUACACACUAACUACACUUUGAAGUACAAACUCAGGUGGUAUGGCAGAGAUAAUACAUGUGUAGAAUAUCAUACCAUGGGACAGUAUUCCUGCCACAUUCCUAAGGAUCUUGCUCUUUUUACACCCUAUGAAAUUUGGGUAGAGGCUUCAAACAGACUGGGAUCCACAACCUCUGACAUAAUAACCCUGGACAUUCUUGAUGUGGUCACCACAGACCCACCAUCAGAUGUCCAUGUGAGUCGAGUUGGAGACUUGGAGGAUCAACUGAGUGUCCGCUGGAGCUCCCCUCCUGCUUUGAAAGACUUUCUGUUUCAAGCCAAAUACCAGAUUCGAUACAGAGUAGAAGACAGUACAGAAUGGAAGGUAGUUGAUGAUGUGGGAAACCAGACUUCCUGCCGACUUGCUGGACUGAAACCUGGAACUGUCUACUUUGUUCAGGUUCGGUGUAACCCGUUUGGGAUCUAUGGCUCUAAAAAAGCAGGCAUCUGGAGCGACUGGAGCAACCCAACUGCCGCAUCUACUCCAAGGAGUGAGAGGAUCACAGGGGUAUGCGAUCCAAAGAGUGGGGAGCAGAAUUCCACCCUACGACGAGAGUUGAAGCAAUUCUUCGGAUGGGUGAAGAAACAUGCGUAUGGCUGCUCCAACCUUAGCAUCAAGCUCUAUGACCAGUGGAGGGUGUGGCUACAGAAAUCACACAAAACGCGGAACCAGGUAGCCGGGCAGGAGGACGCAAAGGAAGCGGAGCUGAGGACUUUACGCAAAGCUGCAGCGAAACUUGAGCAUCGCCCUGAUGAAGACUUUUAAAUUCAACCUUUGAGAUGCGGAAGGCAAGCUUUGCUGUUCCAAAGAAAGAGACUCCACCAGUGAUGAAGUUACAUGUUUUCAUUUCAAUGUACGUCACAUUCCACUCCAGAAACCAUGGUUUGAAGGUGACCAAAAGACUGUCUUUUGCAGAACUGUAUGUUUUCAAUGCUUUCAUUUGGAAAUCUUUUUUUAUCUCUUAUUUAAAAGUGUGUAUAUUGACUAUGUUUGUAAUGCUCACAGAAGUUAACUUUUUUUGAUGUGUUAAUGCCUUAUUGUUCUUGAUAUCAACUAGAUUAUGAUUUUUUUUAUGAAUUAAAAUGAUAUUUUCUCUAAAA